ACGUGGACAUCUCGUACAUUUUCACCUGGCAGCUGCGUUCCAACCAGUCCAGCCUAUAAACCAAGACCUAAAUCCUCCUCCAUAGACACAUCCCCAUCUACAAUUUCACAAUCAAUUUUAGUGAUCUUCAUCAUCAUCUCAUCUCUAAGUCAAAACUUCCGGAAGAGGACUGACCCACAGUAAUAUUACGAACGGUGGAGUUGUUGAUCAUCGGGAAAACAUGAAAUUUUCUGAGAAUUUUGAAGAAAGAGAACCUAGUCAUGAGGUCUCUAAUUUUGUGGGAGUGUCUGCAGCUUCAAGUAGCGGAAUAGCGAAUGGAGGUCAAUUAGGGUUAAACACCAGAGAGGAAUUACAGAUGGACAGCAGUAUUUCACAAAUUGAGGUAGACAUGAGGAUACCUCAACAUGCAACACCAUCUCAGCAAGUCUCAUUGGAGAAUUUGGGGUCAAAUGUCCAGAUUGCAAGCAAUAUUUCCAGAGCCAGUGAUCUACUCAUGGCAGUAACUUCAAGUGCUGAAAUCAACAGAAUGAAAAUAAGUGAGUUAGCUUCGGAAGCAAUGGAAGAGCUAACUAAAUUGGCCCUAGCUCGAGAACCUCUAUGGCAGUGUGACAUAGAGAGCAAUACUGAAUUUCUUAGUGAUAUCGAGUAUCUGAGGGAAUUUGGACACAUAAGUACGUCAUUGAUAGAAAUCAUUAGAAUGGUUGAGGUGGGAGACUCUCAAUCUGACCUGCCAAGAUUCGGAAGCAUUAACAAUUCUGAAUUUUCGAUGGAAAGUGAAUAUAGGCCAAUAUCGACAACAAAUCAACCUGGAAAACCAGUUAGUUCGGAAUCUUCACGAGCUAUUGACUAUGUCAAAAUGAAAGCAGUCAACAUUGUUCAAUUGCUAAUGGAUUUGAAGCAAUGGCUACUGGUGUUUCCUAAUAUUGUAUCUAGAGCAAAAGUAGUGGGAGUAUUAUCAUCAACAAGAUUCGAAGGCAACUAUGAUGGAACUCUGCAAGUGAUGACAGCUGAGUUUCAUGCCCCAACACCACUUAUUCCCGCUAGAGAAAGUUAUUUUGCAAGGUAUAGUAAACAGCUGGACAGCGGAAUGUGGGUAGUUGUUGAUGUAUCCUUGGAAAAAUUGUUUCAGCUUCCAUCAACAAACUUUCGAAGACAACCAUCAGGAUGUUUAAUUCAGGAAAUGUCAAAUGGAUGCUCUAAGGUCAUAUGGGUGGAGCAUGUGGAAGUGGAUAAUAGAAUGGUUCACAAUAUGUUUAAGCCACUGGUCAGUUCUGGUUUUGCAUUUAGCGCAAAGCGUUGGGUUUCCACUUUAGUUCGACAAUGUGAAUGGUUGGCAACUUUAAAUUCUACAAGCCCUCCUACAUCAGAUUGUAUGUUCGUAUCGCGAGCUGGGAGAAAAAGCUUGUUGAAGCUUUCGGAGAGGAUGAUGAGAAGUUUUGUUGCUGAUAUUAGUGCUUCUACAGAAAACAAAUGGAGGGCACUACCUGUAUUUGGUGCCGAAGAUGUAAAGGUCACAACUAAAACUAGCUUAAAUGACCCUGGAAAGCCUCCAGGUACCACCUUAUUAUUUGCUACUUCUGUCCAUCUUCCAGUCCCAAGAACUCAAAUAUACAAUCUGCUUCGCAAUGGUGAAUCUCGAAUCAUGUGGGAUAUGAUGUCGUAUGAAAAAGAUACAAGAGAAAUUGCUUAUAUCGCAACUGGGGACCCUCCAGGAAAUCGCGUUUCGAUAAUUGAAGUAGAAAAUGGUGUAACGAAGGAGAUUGAAGUUUUCUACUUCCAGGAGAGUUACACAGACUCAAAUGGCUCGUACAUAGUUUACGCACCGAUUGACCAGUUCGCCAUGUCUGCUCUCUUGGAUGGCUCAAACCCAGACCAUGUUGCUAUUCUCGCAUCCGGGUUUUCCAUCCUUCCUGAUAGACCAAUGGCCAAUGAUGAAUCUGGUGGAAGUCUGUUGACUCUUGCGUUGCACAUCACCGAAGGAGGAGCAGCGGAGGAAUAUAUCCCUCCUCAAACUUUUCAAAAUAUACUCAACAUUAUUGCUGGAACUGUGAUUCAAAUCACAGAAGUAUUAUCAAAUGAGGGAGAAAAUAGUGUUGAAUCAGAGCAGUGA